AUGGCGGCGUCUGCACGGUUCUUCAUACGAGGUGCAAAUUCAAAACUUUCCAUCUCCGGUGUUGGCACCGGAGUUCAGAGCACUCUCGGAGGCGGUUUUCUUAAGCUGUCUCCGAGCUCCAACUCUCGUUCAAAAACACAACGAAGACAUGCAGCCCACUUUACUUACCACCCUGACCCCGUCCCGACACAAUAUGGCACCACCCAGAAGAUGAACUUGUUCCAGUCGGUCACAAGUGCCUUGGACAACACACUUGCUAACGAUCCUACAGCAGUCAUCUUCGGGGAAGAUGUCGCUUUCGGGGGAGUGUUCCGAUGCACAGUUGGCCUGAGAGACAAAUAUGGUAAGGACAGAGUCUUCAACACUCCCCUUUGUGAGCAGGGAAUAGUGGGCUUUGGCAUCGGUGCAGCCGUCGCUGGCGCCACAGCCAUUGCCGAGAUUCAGUUUGCCGACUACAUCUACCCAGCAUUUGACCAGAUAGUGAACGAGGCAGCCAAGUAUCGCUACCGCUCUGGCAACCUGUUUGACUGCGGGAACCUCACCAUCCGGGCUCCGUGGGGUUGUGUGGGCCACGGAUCCCUCUACCACUCUCAGAGCCCCGAAGCCUUCUUCGCCCACUGCCCUGGAAUCAAGAUUGUAAUACCUCGUGGUCCAGUUCAGGCCAAAGGGCUGCUUCUCUCCUGUAUCGCUGACAAGAACCCGUGCAUAUUCUUCGAGCCGAAGAUUCUUUACCGAGCAGCAGUGGAGCAGGUUCCGGUGGAGUCCUACACCAUCCCUCUGUCGGAGGCCGAAGUCUUACAGGAAGGAAGUGAUCUCACCCUGGUUGCCUGGGGGACCCAGAUCCACGUGUUGAGAGAGGUGGCCAACAUGGCUCAGGAGAAACUGGGAGUCUCCUGCGAGGUCAUCGAUCUAAGGACCAUCCUGCCCUGGGAUGUGGAAACGGUUUGCAAGGUACCGAAGACACGCACACAUGCCGUCACAAGCCAAGCAGCUCGAGUAAAAAGUGCAUUUCACAAAAAUAAGAAAGGAAAAUGA